GUCGCGAGCGUCAUUGGUGACUGUAUUGCCAUUUGCCAUGUUCUUGUCUGACGUAUAGGUUAGAAUAGACAAAUUACGCGUAAUAUAAUCGUGUGUAUAAGAUUGUACACGUCACAAAAAUCGAGGAAAAUUGAAAAUAAACUAUAUCUACAUCAUUCCUUACUGACGAGCGUGCUGCUUCGAAUAUGGUCUACGUAACGGACGAUGGUAACGUGGUGAAAUCUACUCCAUGGGGAUUAAGAAGAGUUUUCGGAUUCUUCACCGGAAUAAUUUAUAUGAUCAUCAUGUUUUUCCAAACGUUAAUCAAUCCCGGCAUGAAUCAAUCGAGCAGUCACUCAAGGGAUUACCGUUCAGGCCCAGGUUCCGGGCCGCGUCCUCCACCACGUAGACUUGGCAGACCGAAUACAGGAAACAAUGUUGACAUUCCAUUUUUCGGAGGUUGCAGCAGUUGCGCAAGAUGAAAAAGUUAAAAUCUAAAAAAAAAAUAUAUCGUUAUAUAUACUUCGAUGGAAGAACUAAAGUAAUUAGCAUUAGCCGAGACGGUGGAAGCGAGAGGUGGAAAUCCAAUUUAUAUUUGUAUCAUUUAUCUUUUGUUAUAUGAAAAAAAAUGUAUGUUAACACAUUUAAUAUAUCAAUGUAAUUAUUAUUAUUAUAACUUUCAUUAAAGGCAUUUAAAUUCUUCGAAAUUUUUUAAAGUAUUAGUUUUAUAAACGUCACAUGAUUCAUGUAAAAAAAUUGAUAGAGGAUGUUACCUUAAGUACCUGGAAUUAUUUUCUUUCUAUUGAUAUAUGUAAUACCACAAAUAUAAUCUAUAACAAAAAUAA